CUUUAGGAUUCCUAGUCUACAAGAAGUUUUUCCAAAAAUAAUUCGAUAGUUAUUGUUUAUAGUGAUGAUUUCAAUAUUUAUAAAUUUAUUAAUAUGUUUAAAUAUAUGUACAUGCUUAAUUCCAACUGUAUUUUUCGAUCUCAAUAAAAGCACAAUUACCAAAUUUCCUUGGAUGGUUGCAAUUACGAAUGAAUCAUCUUUGGUUGGUUAUGGCACUCUCAUCCACAAAAAAGCAGUUCUGACACGAGCAAUUUUAGAACCUGAGCCAAAAAAUAUUGAAAGUAUCAGAGUUCAUGCAGAUUGUUUUUUCCUAGGAGAGGAAGCUUUUGAAACUAAUUACAAUUGUUCAAAGGUUCGACAAGUUAGUGAAUAUAAUAUUAUUGAGGAGCAUCAAAAUGACUACAAAAAAAAUUUAGCUAUCCUAAUUCUUAUAAAUUCAUUCCAACUGACAGAAGAUGUAAACAUUAUUCAAUUAACUAAAUCUGAAAAUGAUAUUUAUUCUGGAAAUUGUGCAAUAGUAUCUUUGAAAACUGUAAAAAAUAGGAAUUCUGAUGCACGUUUUGCCAGAUUUUUUUCUCUACUUUGUGUAACAAUGAAUAACCGAACAAGUAUUGAGCCAAUGAUACCUUUGCAAAGCUUUGAAGGAACUGAAAUAUAUGACUCUGAAAUCAAAUCAUUUGAAGUAGAGACUUUUUGGAGAUGUGAUUAGAACCGAUGGUGAAAAUGCACGUGUACAAAAAAUAUUUGAAGAAAUAAUCAAAGUUUCUUAUCUUCCUACAAAAAAUG